AUGGUGGUUACAGAGUCAGAUAUUACAUCCCAAGGAGACGUUGAAUCUUCACUUCAAUCAGACCACCUACAACAACCUAAGAAUCAUGCUUUCCCAUUGCUUGGUCGGCAGUCAUCGAUUUACACUCUCACUCUCGACGAAUUCCAGCACACCCUCAGUGAGAGUGGCAAGAACUUUGGCUCAAUGAACAUGGACGAGUUUCUCAAUAGCAUUUGGACCGCCGAAGAAAACCAAGCUCAGGCUCAAGUCCACGCCACCGCCACCACAGCCACCGCCACCGCCACCUUUGGCACCACCACCAACAACCAUAAUUCCCAGUUUUCACUAGGCGGGAGUGCUUCAAUAGAGAAGGGCAUUGCUAGGCAACCAAUGUUGUCAAGACAAGGCUCUCUUACUCUUCCAGCACCGUUGUGUCGGAAAACAGUGGAGGAGGUGUGGUCUGAGAUACAUAAGACUCAACAAGAACAGCAGCAGAAUAGCAAUACCAAUGUUCGAAAUCCCGGCUCGACCCAUAGACAGCCUACAUUUGGAGAGAUGACACUGGAGGAUUUCUUGAUCCGAGCCGGGGUGGUUCAGGAACAGGGUAAUCCUCCCCAGCCACCACAGCAGCCUUACGGAUUGUUCCGAAAUAGUAACAACCCCGUUGUGGGAUCUAGUUUUCUGACUAGGCCAAUUAUAGGCCUAGGUGGUGUUGGUGGCGGCAGUGAUGGUGCUAAUGUUCCAGGGUACCAAGCCGUACCACAGGGUGGCGUUGGAGAGGCGUCAGGGUACGCUGGAAGUGGGAAAAGGAGCGGUGGCUACCCACAGCAGUCACCGGCGGUCUGUUAUGGUGGGAUGGUACGUAAUGGCGGUGGAGGUGGGUAUGGGCAAGUUCAGGGAUUGGGUAUGGGAUCUCCAGUGAGUCCAGUGUCCUCGGAUGGGGUGUGUGCUGGUGCGGAUGGGACGAAUCAGCAUGGGUUAGAUAUGGGCGGAAUGAGGGGAGGGCGAAAGCGGAUUAUAGAUGGGCCGGUGGAGAAGGUGGUGGAGAGGAGGCAGCGAAGGAUGAUCAAGAAUAGAGAGUCUGCUGCCAGGUCCAGAGCCAGGAAACAGGCUUACACAGUUGAACUGGAAGCAGAGUUGAAUCAGUUAAAAGAAGAGAAUGCUCAAUUGAAACAGGCUCUGGCAGAGCUUGAGAGGAAAAGAAAACAACAGUACUCUGAGGAAGUGAAAAUGAAAGCCCAAACCAAAGCUCAAAAAGCCAAAGAGAAAUUGAGGGGGAUGAGAAGGAAUUUAAGCUGCCCGUAUUAAAUUGAUGCCAGUGGCGUGAGUAGGGCGCGGUGAGGAUCCAGAGACUUUUCAAGACUACCAUGAGAGAUAGAAGGAUAAUCGGUAGUGUCAUCUUUGGUUUUAAGUUAUAGAACAAUUUUCGAUCUUUUGUUUUA